GAUGAACCCUCCCUAACCUGAACCUUCUGUUGGAGCUAGCCUAGAUACUAUGAACUAUGUGUUCUGUGGUAUUUGUCUCUGAACUAAAUAAGUAAAUAAUUUUAGUGUGCCAUGGACAGCAGUGUCUUAGCUUGUCAUAUUAUGUUUAAUUUAAGUUAUUUAGUAGCCUGUUUGCUUCGAAUGAGUCAUUGCGAUGAUUGUGCAGUCCGGCCUGCUGAAAUUUGUAAUGAACAUGUAACAAAACCUCAGUAACCUCAGUUUGAAGCCUCCAAUGCCACUGAAGUUACACUACCCAAACCAAUUCAGUGCUCGAGUACUCCUAAGAAUUUUUACAUUCUGUCUCCAGUUGUUCUAGGAGGGACAUCCUCAUCAGUUUUCUGUGGAGAUUUUUCACUUAUCAGUGCGUGAAAUGCAGCGUUGUCCUUAUAUUCACGAAAUGAAGGAACGACUGCUAUCCCAAAGUAGUAAUCCUGAGAUUUUACGCAUGGAUAUGUCCGACAAGCAUGAAUCUCGAAGGGAUGUGCAUAGUUAUUCUAUAUCACAUCAUGACUAUGGUGGUAUUGAAACUGUUGUCAAGUUGAACACUGAUGGUUGUGGCUCUCAUAUCCUCCCAAUUCCUGAAUGUCGUCGAAUACAGAGUCUCCUCAAGUUUGUUCCAAAAAAUGCCAAGACGUCGCAGUUCAUAUUUCUAAGCUUCAUCUACGCCAAACUUCUCAUCGUCAUGUGCAUUGCUUACGUCCUCUCCGAGGUGAUCACACUGAAGUUACCAGUCGAGUGCUACGAGGGUUUCUUUACAUAUUUAUACGGGGUUAGUAUAUUCUUCUUGCUGUACGUGUUCUGCUUCCUUCUGCAAGAGAGCUCGUGCUGUCAAGGUAACUCGGAUCGAAAAUCUUCAAAGAAAGAUAAAGCGAAAGAGAAAAAAGCCAAAGAGAAAGAAAAAGCUGAUAGGAAAGCGAAGGAAAAAGAAGAAAAAGCUAAAGAAAAGGAGCACGAAAAGGAAAAAAAGAAAGAAGAAAAGGAAAAGAAGAAAGACAAAAAGAAGGAGAAAGAGGCAAAAGAUGGCGGAGCAGGAGAUGCGCAAACCCACGCAGCCGGCAAGGACAAAGGUACCACCGGCUCAGGCCCAGAUAUUCCGCAACCCAACAAAAAGCAGUCCAAUUUAUUCCAGGGUGUGGUGACAACUGCUAUGAAGAAAGAGAAAGGAUUAGAAACUCCAUCUCAAGAUUCAGUUCAAGUGUACGAGCCUAGCCCUCCUAUUGUAGCCAAUUUUGGCCGCAAACGAAAAACAACACAUAGCAGCCAAAGUCAUGGUAGUUUUUUCCUACGCGUUGGAGCAAUUGCGUUCGGUCUUGGUACCAUGAUUUACAGUGGACUUGAGUUUGGGGUCUUUUUUGAAACACCAUUCAAUUCCCCGUGUUACCAAAUCCUGAAGGGCAUCAAUCCUGUACUUCAAAUGAUCUUCACUUUCAUGCAGAUGUACUUCAUCUUUAUGAAUUCUCGGUUAAACAUUCAUAGAUUCAAGGUGGUCGCACGUUUUGGUCUGAUGCAUAUUGUUGCAACCAAUCUUUGUGUUUGGAUCCGCACCACUGUUCUGGAAAGCAUCAAGGAAUACGACCUGUACACGAGUAGGCACAAUUUAUCUGGUAUUCCUACAAUCCCACCAAUCACCAACGGAACAAAACAAAAUUUAACUAGUGAAUUUGCUUUGUAUGGGGGCGGCAACCGCAUUAAUCAAAUUAAACGUGCACCUGUAACAUUUGCACCUGCAGGGCACCUCAAAACGACCACAAAAAUUUUUAGCUCAACAAUGAGUAAGAUCUUAAGCCAUGUCUCAACUACCCCAACAACUCCUUCAGUGGAACUGACGACCAACCGCCCCACAACACCAUUCACAUUCUCAUCGAGUGUAUCAACUGCCUCAGCAGCAGUGACCCUACCUUCAAGUAUACCCACAAUCCCGCACCUCAUCAAAACUUUGAAUGCGUCCACUACAGCUCACAUCUCUACCGCCAACUCAGGAAUUCCUUCAACAGCUCCAGCAUUUUUCAAACUGUGGAACAAUGAGAAUCAGACCUUCACGCAGAAUGUUUCCUCCUUACAUAACCUAUCAGCAGCGCCGACCAUAUGGGACCAGCCAGUAGCUGAGGCACUUGUCAUGUUGAACGGCACUUACAUUGAUCCUAAAAAAUGUGGACGUAUCAAUAUCAUGGGCAACAUUGUGCGAGACUCAGCUCCAUUUUUGUAUCCAUUCAUUGUGGAGUAUUGUUUAGUUGGUGCAGCUGUCAUCUACAUCAUGUGGAAACACAUAGGCCGACUCCCUAAAUACUCUGAGGAAGACCUGGAACAUCGCUUGGAAGCAAUGUUAUCGAGGAGAGCAAUUGCAAUUGCCCAGGCAACAACUGGACGAAUGGAUUGUGUUGGUGCCAGCAAGGGCCUAUUCAUCGGGCUUCUGUUGUUAGUUGGCUCUCUCAUUUGUCUCAUCCUCUUCUUUGUGCUCAUCCACCAUCCUCAGUUGGGUUUACUCGCUGUGUAUUUGGCAGAUGUAUCCCAUUGCAUUGUCAUGGUCCUCAGCAUACUGGCGAUAUUCAUCGGCUUCUGGAGAGUUCGGCGCUUGAAGUAUUACUACGAUGAAGGCAAUAGCCUGAAUGAUCUGUUACAACGCGUGUCAGCUUUUGGUAUUUUUAUCUAUGCAAUGUUCUCUGUCAUUGCUGGUUCUUUGACUUUUAUGUCAAGUGAGCCAAAUUUACUUGUUAUGAUUACUGGAUCAAUAACAGUUCUUCAGGUAUUGUGUCAAGUGGUGUUCAUUUCCGACGUAUCCCGUCGCCGAGUUCACCUGCCAGAACAUGAUGCGAAUAAACCAGGCCGCCAAAUUGUCACAUUUUUGUUAAUUUGCAACAUUACAAUGUGGGUUAUCUACACUUUUGAUGCUCAGAAAGUUACAGCUAAUCCUGUCCAAUUGAACUUUUAUGGAUUCCUAGCCUGGUCUAUGAUUCAACGCAUCACAUUACCGCUUAGCAUAUUUUACCGUUUCCAUGCAGCAGUGACACUAGCUGAGGUUUGGAAGACAAGCUACAAACCACGUCUGGACUAAGCGCACAUGAAUCUCUGUGAGAAGAGGAUCACUGCAGUUGGUCCCCCCACCUAAAUUUCUAGUGAGAUCAUCCAAAGGUUUAUUUAUUAAUUUGUUAUAGGUUUAUUUUAAGCAUCAUAAGGGCACAAGUCGAACUAACAAAAUCUUAACUUAUUUGCUGGUCAUUUUUUUUAUAACUAGGUUUCCUUUUUUUUCUUAACUUCUGUUUGAAGGUGGCAUUAUUUCAAUAUGGAGGUCAUGACCUUUCUAUAUCAAAAUCAGUGCAACUACAUCAGAUAUGUGAUACCCUAUUUGAAAUAAAUGUCUCUUUUUCAAGAGAAAUUCUAUGAGACUGAUGAUUUUGGGCACCUAGCAGCUGCUUCUUCUUUUCUUUGGAGGAAUUUUUUUAAAAUUGAUUUACCAUAGAGUAGAGUUGAAUACUGGAUACCCAACUCUGACUGAAUACAAUUUUUUCUGGUAUACUGAAUAAGUACUUAUAUAUACUACCUGCCUUUUUCCCCUCCUUUUGACUUGAACAAAAGCUUGUAGAUCCUGCCAAGUCUUGGACACUUUCAACACUUCGACUGCAGCGUGAUAUUCUGGUGACUCCUGUACGAUACAAAACUGGUAGAGCCGCUAUCACUCGUGAGAGUUCGCAAAAUCAGGCGAAUUAUGCCAAACUUCCCAAAAUCAAGAAAGUCCCGUAAAAAAACAGACUCUUCAGAACAAUUACGACCCUCUGCACUAGCUAAAAACCGGAUGUACAUGCAAGUGCCUGUUAAACUUAAAACAAAAUGUGCAAAUAAGCUCAGAAUUUCUGAACUGAAAUUUUAAAAUCCAACCAAACCCAAACCGGCCUUCCACUCCAAAGUCCUCAAAAGGUUCCACGGCCCUAAACAGUUUACAUGACUGAAGGGUUUGAAUAAAAUAUUUUAUACUUUGGCAAAUUUUCAAAAGUAUCAAAUGCAGUCAGAACGCAGAUUAAUUUUUGAGUUAACAAUAUUUGUUGUAGGUCUCUUAAGUCCUUUAAGUUCAUUAAUAAUGUGGUGCACCCGGCAAAACGUAAAUAGAUUGUUUAAAGAGGAGGAAAAACAUGUGAAAUAUGCUAAAGUGAUUCAUUUUUCUCACAGGGAUAAGGAUUAUUCAGUUCCGGCAAGAUACCUUUGCAAACAUUCAAUAGCCAGUUUGGGCUGAAUACAAAAAGUUGAUACCUGUCUUUGGUACUAGCAAUUUGUAAGGUCUAUUUCAACCUAAGUAACUCUAACCUAUUUAUUUUAUUUGUUUACCUUUCUUGAUUCGAUUUAGUUUCUGUUAUUACCUUCUCUUUCUUUCAUUAAUUUAUUCUUUGUUUAUUCUAUACCUUUGAUGUCUAGUGUAAUCCUUUCCACACUUGGUGGGACAAAAAUAACAGGUUUCAAUAGGGCCUCUUUCAUUGAGCAUCAAUAAUGUAUAACGGAACAGCAUAAAAGUACAAAAACCCAGUUUCCAAUUCAAUUGUAUUUAGGAACUCAAUGUGACCUUUUUCUGUUGGGUUUUCAGGAAAGGGUUUUUUUUUUUUUUAGAGUAACUAAACUGAUGGUUUUCUAAGCCAAUUUCAAAACCUUGAUUCGGAAUUCAUCCUAUACAAUUGUUGCCAUUUUUUCAUAUCAGAAAGAUCUCUUAAACAAAACAAAAAGUAUGAAUCACUCUUUUCUUUCUCACAUUGUUUGCCAGUAUAAAUGGCAACCAUGGUGGUUUGAGUCACUUUUCAUUAGACAAAGUACACAUUUUGAAAGUAGUUGGUUCAUUAUUAACUGAGUAAGUAACAUGGAGCUAUGUACAUAUAACCCGUGGAUACUUAGCCUUUAGUCCCUCCAUAUCCCACAAUGUAGUUUGAAUUGAAUUCUGAGGAGAGUAACUCAAAGAUAUAAAGCCAUGAAGGUAAAGGAAAGAUCCCCCCUCCCCCUUAAUCUAAAGGAAAGGGUAUCAAUUUCUUGUGUAGUUUCUGGACCAACUCUGAAUUUCCGUAACUACGCAAUCUUUUGGGCAUUAAGGGUCCAUAUUAUACUUAAAAAAUUGAUCAUAAGCGACCAUUUUUCUACUCCACCUGGGUAUAAUAGUAGCUUAAACACAGCCCUGAAGGCGUAUGUUGCCCAAUAAUGCGGGUUUUUUGACAUUUGACGCGUCGUUUCACUAUCAUCCGGUUGGAAGAGCAAAUAAUCCUCCGAGUAUGUUCACAAGAGUUAUGUUUUUAAGUCACUUUGGCCAAUUAUACUAGAAAUCAAACCUUGUCCCCAUUAAAAAAUUUCUUCGAAUUUUCCAGUUUUUUGCUGGAAUUGAAAAUGGCUGAAUAAGAACGACUUACCAACUCACACUAGAAAUUAACCGUUUUUUGAAGGUUUGCACUGAGGAAGUUGAAAAUUUUCUCCCUCAUAAUAGAGUGUUUUAAGAUCCUAGCUAAACUGAUGAACUGUUGAACUAAUUCUAGCUGCCCUUUCCAUCUGAUCAUUCGUUUAGAACUGCGGUCGUCAAGUCUUAGAACUGUCCUCCCCCCCGCUCUUUCCUCAGAUGCUUCGUUUUUCUGCCUCAGUUUUACGCCUUGUGCAAGGUACAUACUAGUGGACGGAUGCGAUAGGUAGCCAGUUACUGAAAACUCUGGCACCUAUCUUGCAUUAACAGUGGGCCACUAAACCAUGAACGAAUUUUGACUUGCAAAUUCCUGUGUCUGGAGGUAAAUGAUGCAUAUAACGAGAUGCAUACUUAAAAGAUGUGAAAAGGUAACCCAGAAACUGAGAAAUACGCAAUUAAAAAAGCGCAGCUUUUCCGCAAAUUUAAAACGCCCUAGUUUGGUGCCGAAGUGAUUGAUGUCAUCAAUCAGAAGCUAGUAUGGGUUUCUACAACUUCCAUUAGAUGUCUUUCUACUCUUUGUUUAUGAAAACGAUAGUAAAGUUGAAAAUAUAGCUGCUGAAUCAAAGAAUCGAAUAUCAUUCAUGUUAUCUGUAGUUAAGAAGCAAAAAUUCCUCAUUGAAACAUGCUUUAUUUCUACAGAUAAUAAUUUGACUCCUGUACUGUCAAGAUAGCAAGAAGAGUCGUUAGUGCAAAAAUGAAGUUUUGAAAGAUGGGGUCACUAGCGUCUGGGCAGAAAAUUUUAUUGAAAGAAGCUACCGGUCUUUGUCGAAUUUCCACCAAUCACUGUAAAGACUCUUCAAAAUUGUUUGGAUGAUUAAAAAUCGACUAAUUUUAUUUAAAAUAUAUAAAAGGGCAUCACUCAUUUUCAUGUCAAGCUAGCGUUAGGAAAGACAGCUGCAAGUGCUAUCUUCUGCAUGCUUUCGCGGUUUAGUUACUCUUCACAUGAUCCUUUUGCACUGUAAGUCCCUAAUUUCCUUGAAAGGAAAAGUGGGAAUUUGGACUUCAAAGAAAUUUGGGCAGAAUAUUAACAAAUACAGAAGAAAAAGAAGAAAAAUUGAAAUCUAGCGGUGCAUUUAGAAUUUAAUGCAGCUGCGGAAAAACGUAUGUGGGACAGACGGGCAGAAGUGUGGCAACAAGGCUAAAGUAACAUGGACUGUGCCAUUCUAAAAAGAAAGGGACACUCAUCAUUUGGCGACUAUAUCAUUGACACCAAUCACAAACUAGAAGGUUGUCAGGCCAAAUUGGGAAGAGUUUGUCAAAAAGGUCGAAAACUAAAUGUGCUGGAACAAAUUGAACUCUUGAAGACACCAAAGGACCAUCUUCUCAACUCUUAAUUAGAACAACAGGUGGCACCGGUGGUCAUUCCCUCCGUCCUCCUAUAUGACGCAACACGAUCAGCUGAUCACGAUAUCUCACUUGCUAGUUUUGCAACGCGCUGCCGGAGAUAGUGCACUAAAGUUUCAGCUUCCACUUUUAUUUUCGUUCUCUGUUUUACUUUGUCAUUCACCUGAUGAUGGCUGAUACAGCCGAAACGGCCUUAGUGUUUUAAGUUUGACAACCGAAGAAAAACUCACAUCGGACGAAAAAGAAAUGUGAGUAUCUAAUGGAUUUUGCUUGUCCAACAGGAUCGUUGAGGAAGCACACACUGAAUGUUAAAAUACCUACGAUGUUGGGCGAAAUCGACCUAUAGACCCAUGUUUAGGCCACAUUGGACCUUGAAAAAAUAAGAAAAUGGCCGAUUCAUGGUAGACCCUAUAAAACAAACACCCUCAAUGAGCGAAAAAUUGUAGAAUUACGGGAUGCCGGGUGGGCUAAAAAAUCGUCCUCAUAGAUACCUUUCCUCUAUAAUCAAUUUUCAUUGUGAUAUUUUGUCAAAGGCUUCUGCUUACAUCUCAACUUUGUGAUUUUAUUUUCAAAUUUGUUACCGUCUUAAAGAUUUGUGUGAUUUUCAAGUGUAAAAACCUCGUUGCUCAGAGACGGAUCCAUUGAGUAUACUUUCUCUCUGUAGAAUUUAAUCCAUCUCAGCUCAGAAAAGAAUGUAAUCCUAAAAAGCUUGAAAAGUGUUGGGUCAAGAUCUACUCCAGAGGUAAAAUUGGAAACUGGAGUGUGAUAAGUUGAAGACUCCUAUCCAAUUUCGGUGUUUCAUUGUGCUAAAAGGCAGGAGGAGCCGAAUACUGAAAAAAAAAAUUUUGCGUAAGUCAUUCAGUAUUGGGAAAUCCUAUCAUAUCAGUAAACCAAUCUCAAAGCUGUGCAUCAGAAUGCUCCAAAUGGCUGUAGUGGUGUCAGAUACCUAAAAAUCGUGCAUCCAAAUGCUUACAACUCCUGAACUAAUUGUUUCUCUACCAAUAUAUCAAUCAAUGAAGGAUCAGACUAAUAUUGUAUAUGAAUUUUUUUCUCCUUUUUUUUCUGUCAAACAGAAAAUAGCGUUAUUGGUAGGCUCAAACACAUAAAAUUCAAAAAGCUAUAAAUCCAAAUAAAGGGAAGUAUCAUAAAAUUAAUAGGAAAUCUUGUACAAAAAUCAACUAACUAUAGGAAGAAUCACAAUUUUGGAAGACAUUAUAACUUUUUGGUUUAAAAUCAUCUUAUUUUUAAGGUGGCAAUUUGGCAACAUUGCCUAACUGCAAGAAAAAAUGUUAAGAUUCGAAAUUUUCAUAAAUGUAGCUCUUCAAUAUAGCAAGACAUCACACCAAAAAAUGAAAAUAAUCCGAACCAGGAAUUUGGCCAUCCUUGCAUAAGCCUCAAUGAAUCAACUAAAGAAAAAAGUGAAAUUGUUUUACUUAUGGUAACUGUCAAAUGACAAUUUUGCAACCGAGAAUUUAAUAAUGUAAAGUUGCGUAGUUAAUUAGAAUCUCUUAAACAUGCCCCAUUUGCGUAUCUCCUACAAUGAAAACUCCUAAGUAUAAUCACAAAUAAUCUUUGUCUGCAUAAUAAUCAAUCCUUGAUAAAUCUGUUGCAAUAGGUUUGAUAAGAAACCAUUUUCUAAUCUCUUUUGUAAAUAGUUUCUUUUCUUUUUUUACUCUUUUAAACAUUUUGUUAAGUAUUACAAGUUUAUGUAAUUUUAUGUGUUCUGAUUUUAAAAUUUUGACUGUACAGUAUUAUAUUUUAGAAUUAGUUAGAAGUUGGUACUUAAGAGAGAUUCGAGUCCAAAUUAAGCCAGUGGGCUGAUUGUUGAAAUUUUUAUUUUGUAUGGUAAACAAGACAAGACCAAGGGGAAUGGAGAUACUCUAUUUAAUUCGUGGGCUCUCUGGUCCGGUCAACUGUGAUCCGCAAUGCGAGUUCCUAACUGGGCUAGGUGAUUGUCUGGUUGUAGGCUACCAAAGACAUGCCCUUAACUAGCCAAUUAUUCGGCCCAUUUAGGAGCUUGUGUUACGAAUCUCAAUCGACCAAACAACAUAGCUCCAAUCUCUCUUUCUCCAUUUUGACAAACACAAAAUUUCAAUGAUUGGCGCAGUGGAUGAUGACUCAAGGUUCUUAUCUUAACUGACAGGUUGUGAGCAGAUUAAGAGGAGCCGUAGCUCAAGUUCAGGAAAGAUGUUCUAUAUUUUUAUAGCUUAAAAUAGGACAGAAUGGAAAGAUUGUUCCUGAAGUCUUGCUGCACUUCGGUUUUUUUCCUGUUCUGAAACAAGAACUUGUAAUGCUUUUGAAACAAACCCAGGAUGGAUUGCUAUCACUGUAAAGAUGGCAAACUAUGAAAUACUUAAGGCUGCAGUAGCAUUUCACAACACAAACAAGUAAUUUUUUUUUCCUCAAGAAGUUGUAAUAUCCUUCUUUUAAGUAUUUUAUGAAACAAUUCUUCUCGAGGCAUUAUCAGGUAUACUCUCAAGCUUUAUUAACAUAAUUUUUUUUUACCAUUGUAGCAUUAUUUGAAGGGAACGGUUACAAACAUAUAUGUAAUGGGUAUGUUGCACCUAUUUUUUUAAUUCAUUUUCUAAUAGUGUGCAUUAUUCUGAGCUAAAUGAAUUUUCCUGGCAUUUUUGGACCCCCCCCCCCCCCCCCC